UAGCACCUAAAGCUACUGAUCUUGAAGUCUCAACAAUGAGGCUUAACCACAAAGAGGAGAUUCCUGAUUCUGUGGAUAGUAUGGUAAUUAUUACUCUCCCUUGCGGGCAUUCAAGAACAACAGAUGAGCUUUCUCAAAGAAUUAGAGAUCAGAUGGAUAAGAAUAAAUUGGCUACAUGUCCUUGUUGUAACGAGGAAAUUGCAGAUGAAAUAAUCAUUUGUGAACAUGAAGAAGAUAAUAUCUAUUCCCUUCUAAAACCUUCUGAAUUUGAAAGAUAUACAAAACUUUAGAAGGUAUCUAGCAGCGUUAGCUGAUCCAAACCUUCAAGUGUGACCCGAGAAACAGUGUAAGGCCAUUGUCAAUAUUGAGGAUUCUAUAAAAUCAUCUAAAAACACUUCAUCUAAUAAUAUUAUGAAUUGAGUAAACGGUCAUAGGUUUUGAUAUUUAUGAAAUUACGAUCAUCAGCAAGGAACUCCUUGCAGUAAAGCAAAGCCAUGAAAUCUGUUCUACGAUGAACCUCGCACUUUAAGAUGAACUAAUUGUAAAUUGAUAAUCCAAGAUUGGUUAAUUCAUGGCCCAGAUACUCUGUUAUGAUAUUCAUGAGGUAGUACAAUAAGGACGCCAAAGAUGGUAAUGAUCAGCAACCUUGGGUACUUAUUGCUGUUUCUCUUUUUACCUGUUCUUUACCCUUAUAUCAUUGUCAAGUAUUUAGCAUGUAAAGGGGAAAGGAUAUCGCUACUAGGCAUGAUUAGAGUUAAAAAAGAAGGUAAAGAAAAUAUUGAGUGGUCAUCGGAAUGUGUACUCAUUGCUUCUUUCGCAGUUGUAAUGAGCAUAUUUCUAAUGGUCCUAAUAUUUUGGAUUGCUAUGCCAAUUUUACCUCUAGCUUACCUUGCCUUAAUUCUAAAUUUUUGAAAGCAGAGAGAUGUAGCAAAAAAGCUAAAGAAAGACUUUGACUCAUAACUUAGGAAGUUUUUAUAAAUAUUUCAAUUUUUG